AGUUCCCAGAGAGCGAGAGGGAGAGUAGAAACCAUAAAUGAGCACUGUCCUCAAUGAAGGUGCUGAAGAACACCCCCUGGCGUUUUGCUACCAGGUGAAUGGGUCUUGCCCCAGGACAGUCCGUCCUCUGGGCGUCCAGGUGACCAUCUACCUCAUCUGUGCAGCAGGCACAAUUAUUACAGUCCUGGGAAAUUUGUUUGUGGUGUUCACUGUGUCCUACUUCAAAGCUCUUCACACUCCCACCAACUUCUUGCUGCUUUCUCUGGCGCUGGCUGACAUGCUUCUGGGUCUGCUGGUGUUGCCACUCAGCACGGUUCGCUCAGUGGAAAGCUGCUGGUUCUUUGGAGACUCCCUCUGCCGUCUGCAUACCUACUUGGACACCCUCUUCUGCCUCACCUCCAUCUUCCAUCUCUGUUUCAUUUCCAUUGACCGCCACUGUGCCAUCUGUGAGCCUCUGCUCUAUCCCUCCAAGUUCACAGGUAGGGUGGCUCUUAGGUACAUCCUGGCAGGGUGGGGGAUGCCAGCAGCUUACACUGCCUUCUUUGUCUACACAGAUGUAGUAGAGAGAGGGCUCAGCCAGUGGCUGGAAGAGAUGCCUUGUGUGGGCAGUUGCCAGCUGCUGUUCAAUAAGUUUUGGGGCUGGUUAAACUUCCCCAUGUUCUUUUUCCCCUGCUUGAUCAUGAUCAGUUUGUACGUAAAGAUCUUCGUGGUUGCUUCCAGGCAGGUCCAGCAGAUCAGUACCUUCAGCAAAAGCCUGGCUAAGGCUGCCAAGCGUGAAAGAAAAGCCGCCAAGACCCUGGGCAUUGCUGUGGGCAUUUAUCUCUUGUGCUGGCUUCCCUUUACCAUAGACACACUGGUGGACAGCCUCCUUAACUUCAUCACGCCACCCCUGGUCUUUGACAUCUUUAUCUGGUUUGCUUACUUCAACUCGGCCUGCAACCCAAUCAUCUAUGUCUUUUCCUACCGGUGGUUCAGGAAGGCACUGAAACUCAUCCUGAAUCAGGAGAUCUUCUCACCUCGGACAUCCACUAUUGAUUUGUACCAAGAAUGACUUUUUUCUUGUUUUAACCGAACUUAGGCAAGCAGGAGGGCCUCGUAGGAAGGAUGAGUGGUGUUGUGGCAAUGGGCGG